AUGGCCAAACUCUCGCACUCGUUGUUAUGGCUCGCCGCCUCGAUUGCCCAUCCCGCAGCGGCGCUCGCCGGCGAUGUGAGCGCUGCGGACGCGGUCGCGGCCAAGCGCUCAGAGGGCUUGUCUGUUGUGUCGGUCGACAUUCGCGCACUCCCCGACUCGCCGAGCGGCCAUUAUGAGCCCAAGGUCGUCGACUGCCCCUCGACCCGGCCCUCGGUUCGCCUGGCCGACCGCCUCUCAGACCAAGAGGCCGAGUGGCUUCCCCGUCGCCGCAACAACACUAUUGACCCCAUGCGCGAGCUCCUCACGCGCGCCAACAUCCCCGACUUUGACGCAGGCGCCUACAUUGAUCGCGUGCGUGACAACGCCACGGCGCUGCCCAACAUUGCCAUUGCCGUGUCUGGCGGCGGCUACCGUGCUCUCAUGAACGGAGCCGGCUUCCUCUCGGCGGCCGAUUCGCGCAACCCCGGCGCAUCCGACAACGGCACCGGCGCCAUCGGCGGCCUGCUCCAGUCCGCCACCUACCUUGCCGGCCUCUCUGGCGGAGGCUGGCUCGUCGGCUCCAUCUUCGCCAACAACUUCUCCACCGUCCCUGAUCUGCAGCAAGGGUCCGACGGCUCCUCCGUCUGGCGCUUCGACCGUUCCAUCUUCCGUGGGCCCGAGGAGUCCGGCAUCUCCAUCCUCAACACGGCCGACUACUGGUCGACCAUCGUCGGCGAUGUCGCCCGCAAGGCUCAUCAACGCCACCGACGGCGGCCCGGCCUACACCUUCUCCGCAGCUUCGACCCCACGACCUACGGCUUCGCGCCGCUGCGCUACCUGGCCUCCAACUUCUCCAACGGCGAGAUCGCCCGCGACGGCGAGUGCGUCCGCGGCUUCGACCAGCUGGGCUUUGUCAUGGGCACCUCGUCCUCGCUCUUCAACGCCUUUAUCCUGCAGAACAUCACCGGCGUCGCCGAGAGCGCCGACAUUCCCGACUUCCUCGUCGAGGCCGUGACCAGCGUCCUCGACCGCCUCGACGCCGACGAGAACGACAUUGCCCAGUACGCGCCCAACCCGUUCUUCGGCUGGAACCCGACCAACGAGUCGGCCAACCACGAGUCCGACCAGCUGUCGCUCGUCGACGGCGGCAUGGACCUGCAGAACAUCCCGCUGCACCCGCUGAUCCAGCCCUCCCGCGCCGUCGACGUCAUCUUCGCCGUCGACGCCUCCGCCGACACGGCCUUCAACUGGCCCAACGGCACCGCCCUGCGCGCGACCUACGACCGCGCCGGCACCGCCAUCGGCAACGGCACCCUCUUCCCGCCCGUGCCCGACGCCGAGACGUUCGUCAACCAGCGCCUCAACCAGCGCCCCACCUUCUUCGGCUGCGACGCCGACAACUUCACCCUCGAGGCCGGCCAGUCCGUGCCGCCGCUCAUCGUCUACGUGCCCAACGCCCCCUACACCGCCCACAGCAACGUCUCGACCUUCCAGCCCUCCUACCCGACCGCCCAGCGCGACGCCAUUAUCCGCAACGGCUUCAACGCCGCCACCCAGGGCAACGCCACCGUCGACACCGAGUGGCCCGUCUGCGUCGCCUGUGCCCUCCUCAGCAGGAGCCUGCACCGCGGCAACGAGGCUGUGCCGGAAGCGUGCACGCGCUGUUUCGAGCGCUACUGCUGGGACGGAUCGACUGAUUCGGCGAGCGUCAGCUCGUUCGAGCCAGACUUUAUUAUCGGGUCCGAUGAAAAGGAGGACGCUGCUGGCAUUACAAGAUACCUGUCCAUGGACGCGGCAUGCUUGAUGCUGGAGAGGUUGAAGGAGUAA